AAUUAUUACGGUCUUCGACGCGAGAACGAACAAGCGAUUCGGUUUUUCCAGCGCGCCCUUCGAUUGAACCCCGGCGUUGCUUCCAUUUGGGUUUUGGUAGGUCAUGAAUUCAUGGAGCUGAAGAACAACGCUGCGGCCUUGCAUGUCGUACAGAAGAGCGAUCGAGGUAGACCCGCAAGGACUAUCGGGGCUGGUACGGUCUUGGACAGAUGUAUGAUAUUAUCAAAAUGCCAACAUACUCGUUGUUUUAUUACCAGCAGGCUCAUCUGUGCAAACUCCCGUAUGCUGGUUGCACUUGGUGAUGUGUACCAGAAAAUGGGACGGCUUCGCAACGCUGAAAAAUGUUUCAUCUCAGCGUUCAAGUAUGGUGAUGUGGAGGGAACGGCGCUUUGGAUGCUGGCCAAGUUGUAUGAGUCUGAAAAUCAAAUGCAGCGUGCUGCGAGAUCCUACGAAGAAUAUCUGAGGGAGUAUCAAGACAUAGAGGAUACUGACGAAAAUGUGGUCUACUGUGUACAGUUCCUUGCCAAGCACUAUUUGGAACAGCGUGAUAUCUCAGAAGAAGGUCGUCUAGUUCUGCGGACAGCCGAAGCGAUGAAGGAGCAACAUGAUCAUGAUAACGCCGGUGAUAUGAAUCCGAUAAAGCCAAUCGAUGAUUCGUUCAACUCAACGGGUGGAUUCGAUAUAACUCAAGGAACC